CGUCAGAUCCUGUGACUGUUUGCCCGCAUUUCUGUCAGCUGUUGGGACAGAGAGCCAGAAAGGAGCGCAGCGCAGAUUGCGGGAAGAUGGGGAAAAUCUACCAGGUCGUGGUUCAUGGGCUGAGAGGAGAGAAGCUGAUGAUUGACCUCUGCAACACCGAGGAGCAGAUGCAGAAAAUGACGGUGCGACAGCUGAAGGAAAAGAUAGCGGAGAAACUUCCUCAGACCGCAGGAGAGGAGAACCUGCGGCUGAUCUUUACGGACAAGCACCUGGAAGGAGACAAUACGCUGCUGUCUGAGUACGGGAUCCAGCACAUGUCCGUCAUCCAGCUGGUGAUCAAGGUUCCUGGAGGACAGAUGGCGUAACUAGGACCAUUUGGAUCUUCUUCUUUUACUGCCGUUGCUGCUGCCGCCUACUGCAGGGAAUCCUGUUCACUCCCGACUCUUGUUUACAAAUAUGAAAGCUAUAAUCAUUGCCAAAAAAAAUUACUGAUAAUGUUUUUUGUGUAUUCACUUCAGAUGUUCAAAUGUUUUCAACUGUUGCAUUAAAUAAACAUACUUUAUGUAA